CUACACCUCUCAAGAAAUUAUUCACAACUCUUAAUUUCUUAUAUAAUAAUAUCAUUUAUUUUUCCUACUUUCCAUUCUCUCAAAAUUCUAGCUACCACACAAUACAACAAAGGAACAAAAUAUUAUAAGCAUUAAUUAAGAUCAAUAUGGAAGCAACAACGAACAUGACAAAAACCAACGGUAAUGAUUCAUUCUGUUUGAUCAAGAAUGCUAACAACAUGAAAGUGAUCAAUGGUGGAGAUCCUUUGAAUUGGGGUGUGGCGGCGGAGGCCAUGAAGGGAAGCCACUUAGAUGAGGUGAAGCGUAUGGUGGAGGAGUACCGGAAACCGGUGGUUCGUCUAGGUGGUGAGACGCUGACGAUUUCUCAGGUGGCUGCCAUUGCCACACAUGACCAUGGUGUCACGGUGGAGCUUUCGGAAUCUUCAAGGCCCGGCGUUAAGGCGAGUAGUGAUUGGGUUAUGGAGAGUAUGAAUAACGGCACUGACAGUUACGGUGUCACCACCGGUUUCGGCGCCACGUCACACCGGAGAACCAAACAGGGUGGUGCUUUGCAAAAAGAGCUCAUAAGGUUCUUGAAUGCAGGAAUAUUUGGCAAUGGAACUGAGUCAAACCACACACUACCACACACAGCAACAAGAGCAGCAAUGCUAGUUAGAAUCAACACACUUCUCCAAGGCUAUUCAGGCAUUAGAUUUGAAAUCUUAGAAGCCAUAACCAAUCUCCUAAACAACAACAUCACACCAUGUUUACCACUUCGUGGAACAAUCACGGCAUCAGGAGAUUUAGUCCCUCUUUCUUACAUUGCUGGUUUACUUACUGGUAGACCAAAUUCAAAAGCUGUUGGUCCCUCUGGAGAAGUGCUUAAUGCCAAACAAGCUUUUCAAAUGGCUGGAAUCAAUUCUGAGUUCUUUGAAUUGCAACCAAAAGAAGGACUUGCACUUGUUAAUGGAACUGCUGUUGGGUCUGCUUUAGCUUCUAUUGUUCUGUUUGAUGCUAAUAUAUUAGCUGUUCUCUCUGAAGUUUUAUCAGCUAUUUUUGCUGAAGUUAUGCAAGGAAAACCCGAGUUCACUGAUCAUUUGACGCAUAAGUUGAAGCAUCAUCCUGGUCAAAUUGAAGCUGCUGCUAUUAUGGAACAUAUUUUGGAUGGAAGUUCUUAUGUUAAAGCAGCUAAGAAGUUACAUGAGACAGAUCCUUUGCAGAAGCCGAAACAAGAUCGUUACGCGCUUAGAACUUCGCCGCAAUGGCUUGGUCCUUUGAUUGAAGUUAUUAGAUUUUCAACCAAGUCGAUUGAGAGAGAGAUUAACUCUGUCAAUGAUAACCCUUUGAUCGAUGUUUCGAGGAACAAGGCCUUACAUGGUGGAAAUUUUCAAGGAACGCCUAUUGGAGUGUCGAUGGAUAAUACUCGAUUAGCUCUUGCAUCGAUUGGUAAACUCAUGUUUGCUCAAUUCUCUGAGCUUGUCAAUGAUUUUUACAAUAACGGGUUGCCUUCGAAUCUUUCUGCUAGUAGGAAUCCAAGUUUGGAUUAUGGUUUCAAAGGAGCUGAAAUUGCUAUGGCUUCUUAUUGUUCUGAGAUACAAUAUCUUGCAAAUCCGGUUACCACUCAUGUUCAAAGUGCUGAGCAGCAUAACCAAGAUGUAAACUCAUUGGGUUUGAUUUCUUCCAGGAAAACCAAUGAAGCCAUUGAGAUUCUAAAACUCAUGUCUUCCACAUUCUUGAUUGCACUUUGCCAAGCAAUUGACUUAAGGCAUUUGGAAGAGAAUUUGAAAAACUCAGUCAAGAACAUUGUAAGCCAAGUUGCUAAGAGGACACUUACCACGGGUGUUAAUGGAGAACUUCAUCCUUCAAGGUUUUGUGAAAAGGACUUAUUGAAAGUGGUUGAUAGGGAGCAUGUGUUUGCCUAUAUCGAUGAUCCUUGUAGUGCUACAUACCCUUUGAUGCAAAAAUUAAGACAAGUGUUAGUGGAUCAUGCAUUAGUAAAUGGAGAAAAUGAGAAGAAUUUGAACACAUCAAUCUUCCAAAAGAUUGCAACUUUUGAGGAUGAGUUGAAGACCCUUUUGCCUAAAGAAGUUGAAAGUGCAAGAGCUGCUUAUGAGAGUGGAAAUCCUGCAAUUCCAAACAAGAUCAAUGGAUGCAGAUCUUAUCCACUUUACAAGUUUGUGAGGGAGGAGUUGGGAACAAGUUUGCUAACUGGUGAAAAGGUCAUUUCACCAGGUGAGGAGUGUGACAAAUUGUUCACAGCGAUGUGUCAGGGAAAAAUCAUCGAUCCUCUUUUGGAAUGUUUGGGAGAGUGGAAUGGUGCUCCUCUUCCAGUUUGUUAACUAUUAUUUUUUAUAUUACUUUUAAAAAUGUUUUAUUUGUAUCUAUGCAAGUGUAGCAAUAAUCAUAAGUUUUUUCAUGUCUUUAACAAAUUAAUAGUAAUAUGGAAAGCUUCAUUUCAAUUUCCUCCAAUGUCAAAGUGAACCUUGUAAUUUCCUUUUUUUUGUAUUAGAAUUUCAGUUGUUUUCUGGAGCUUUCAGUGCAACUGCCCAACUAUAUAAUAUAUCACAUAGCUCUGAUGUCAAUUAUACUUUU